AUAAUGUAUUUCAAGACCAGUUUCGCAACUAGUACUCUUCGUUGUUUAAGCGUUCCUCUUUCAGUUUUGAUAUUAUAAGCUUGUUAAACCAUUCGUUCGCUUCAUUACCAUCUUUUGCCGUGCUCACUCGUCAAAACCUACCUACAUAAUCAGGGCAAUUCCCAAGUAUUUAUCCCGGCUACCAAUAGGAGCGAUAUCAUUGCAAAAAGGAAUUAAAGAAAUCAAAAAAGAAAGUACAAAAAGCUUGCUGAGGUUAUGGCUGAACCCAUCCAAUCCCAACCUGGAUAUCCACCACAAGGACAACCCGGGUAUCCACCACAAGGACAGCCCGGGUAUCCACCACAAGGGCAGCCCGGGUAUCCACCCCAAGGACAGCCCGUAUCACAUACUGUCACAGUUGUGCAAACUGCACCUGCCAUGUACCCCCCGGAUCACUGUGUACUUUCAUGGUUUGCUUGUUUGUGCUGCUUCUGGCCCGUUGGAAUUUGUGCCAUCAUCAACUCGAGCAACGCACGUGACGCCAUAAACCGUGGGGACCUGGCUUCAGCCAACAACUACAGCCAAACGGCAAAGAAAUAUGCCAUGAUAGCCAUUGUAGUUGGAAUCUGCGUCAUUCUGCUUUCUAUAAUCUUGCGCGUUGCUUUGGUUUCCAGUUCUUCUUCUUCUUCUUCUUCCUAUAAUUAAACUUGUUUUUAUUACUUAAAGCGUAAAUUCCCUUUAAUAUGUAAAUAAAAACUAGGUCAGUAAUGAGAACAUCAACCUUACUCAUUGACCUUGUUUCUGGUUUCGAAGUUGAAUUAAAGAUGCAAAGUUGCAUA